UAUCGUGUCGCGGUACCACGAAGGGUAUGCUGAAAGCAGCUCUCCUCGCGCCACACGAGGACCGCCCGAGGCGCAAAGUCCAGAUGAAGAUGCCAUAGCGCUGUCGUUCGUGGAAGACACGCUGAACUUGCUCACGCACUUCCGGAAAGUCCGCGAUAUAUUGACAGCAGGCGCCGUUAAAUCGCCAGGCGCCGACAGCGACCCCCCCUUCGAUGCUCAGAGCCAGUUUGACAUGCAAUCCGCCACGUUGUGCUUCCUCCAAGUCUAUGUCAACAUGACACUGUUAUUUCUCACCAGAUUAUUGGACGAACCGAGCCUUCUCCAAGCACAUAUCCCCACUACCGAGGCGGGGCGAGGCAAUUCGAAUGUGGCCGAAGGCAAGGCGUGGCUUAGCGCCGAACAGCCCGCGUUGAUCUCGGACACUUGGAGACUGGUCGAUGGGAGAUUCCGAUCGAGGCCUUCCGGCGACUCAAUCCUGUACCUUCCGGCGUUGACGGCCUUGUCGCUCGAAGUUCGCUGUCUCACCAUGCGGCAGCGCAUAGCGGAAAUCCUGGAUGGUCUAUCAGACGCUGGCUUCCGUGUUGCAGGUGUGGCUCUGGGGGAUAUGAAAUUGGCAUGGGGAGCUACAACAGCGGGAUGUGGUGACUUUUGUCUCUGCAGUACCACGUCAACGAAGGAGGAGCGCUGAUCGAGAGACAUUCCCCUGAAGCGGUCUGCGCAAGCACCAAUCUAUGGUACUUCUCGGCACCUUUGGUCCUCCACCGCUUGCCGUAAAAUAUCAACGGCACGGUCAGCAGACUUAUGGCGAGUGAGAUGCAGCCAAGGGUCACAAACAAAUAGUAUGUGCCCAAGCUCGCCUGCCAGGGAGUCAACGCGAAGAGGAAGAUGGUGCUCAUCAUAUUGGCGAUGAAUGCGGCGCCGACAAACACGAGCCCGAUGAUCU